AUGGAGAGUGGGGAGAGGAAUGAGGAGAAGACGAAGGUGGUGGUCGUGAUGGGGGCGACAGGCUCGGGCAAGUCGCGCCUGGCCAUCGACCUGGCUGCCUACUUUCCGGUGGAGGUGAUCAACGCAGACGCCAUGCAGAUCUAUCGAGGCCUGGACGUCCUCACCAACAAGGUUCCUCUCCAGGACCGCUGCGGUGCGCUGCCUCUCUCUCUCUCUCGUUGUUGCUUCCGCGGUUCCUGAAAACGUCGGGUCGUUCUUCUAAACGAAUACAGGCGUGCCGCACCAUCUCCUGGGAACCGCGGACACAGGUGUGGACUUCACGUCCAGGGAUUUCCGUACCCUUGCCAUCCGUGUGAGAACCACUGCAUACCCCUCGUCGUUCAUUCUUCUCCAUGUUGAGUAAUCUAAGUGAAACCUUUCUUUUGGGUGUACUUUUCUCUUUCUAGAACAUAGAUGAUGUAUCGUCACGCGGAUGCCUGCCGGUAGUUGUUGGUGGUACAAACUACUACAUUCAGGUAUCAUUUUAGAAGUCGCUGCUGGUUCAUGGCCCCGAUGGUACAUAUUCGUGAUGCGUCUGUUACCUCCAUAUCUUCUUCUAUCACGCGACAAUCUGCUGUCCGCUAAUGGGACCGAUGUCUGACGGUGUUUUGAAGCUUCUCUUCUCUCUCGAUUCUACUCGCCGGGCAUCUUCUCUUAUCAAAUUGUUUUCUUUUUAAAUCUCGUAGGCUCUUUUCAGCCCGUUCCUUGUUGAUGAUUUGGUGGGAGAAAUGGGUGACUGCUCCUUGGAUGGUUCUGAAGGUUAUAUGCUUUUUUAUUGCUAGUUAUUGUAACUUUUCUCUUAGAAGGUUUAUCGUUUAUCAUUCAUCCAUCAUUUAUGGAUCCUGGAUCGAUGUACAUACAGUAGGGGAUUUUCCUCAGAAAAUUAACUCAGAUCGUGGCGACAACAAUCUGGGCACGGACUUUGAUCGUCUUAAGGAAAUUGAUCCGAUUGCAGCAAACAGGAUCCAUCCAAACGAUCAUAGAAAGGUAAGAUAUCUGUGUGACUUUAACUUUUUUGGUAUAAUACUAAAUUUGCUUGUUUGGUGUUUUAUCUUUUGAAUGGAAUUAUGCCAAAAGUACGAAUACUAGUAAAGACAAUGAAUCCAUGUUCGACCAAGGACAUUGACACCAUCAUCUUCAUAGCAGCGGCGUGAGGUUCAUGCACAAGAAAAACGGGGAGAUCUUUGCCCACCAGUAUACAGUGCGGUUACACAUCACAAACAAUGAGAUAUUAAGGUGGAAAUAGACGAACCCAAAUACGACCUUACUUGAACAGGAUCUGUUCUAUAGACUCUUACGACUGCAUCCUUUAGCACAAAGGAGACAGAAAUAAUAAAUAAAUAAAUAAGAUCAAAGCAUCUUGUUUCUAUAUUCAUCUGAGGACCUGGGAUUAUUUUCUUCAUGGGUGCUUGGGUUUAUUUAGCAAUCCACUCUUUAUUUAUCUGAUUUUAUAUGACUGAUAAUUUUAGUUCUAAUGUUCUAGGUCAAUCGCUAUCUGUGUUUGUAUGAGAGUUCAGGGUUACUCCCAAGUAGCCUGUUCCAAGGAAAAUCUUUGGAGGUUUGUGCAGUACUAAAUACGAGCUUCAAAAACUCUCCAACUUCUUCCAUGAUUAUUAUCAUUUUUUUGGAGCUUCGAUUAUGCUAUUGAUGAUUUUUAAUCUAUAGAUUCCUAAUGCAUGCUUCUUGCGACAGGACAGAGAUGGGGUCGUACAGAUAACUUCAGAUACGACUGCUGCUUCAUAUGGGUGGAUGCCUCCCUCCCUGAACUCGAUAGAUAUGUUGGAGAAAGAGUGGACAGCAUGAUGGAGGCCGGGCUGCUGGACGAAGUCUACUAUAUUUAUGAUCCAGAUGCAGACUACACCCGAGGUUUGAAGCAGGCUAUUGGGGUUCGGGAGUUUGAAAAGUUCUUCAGUAGUCUGUUGUCUAGUUCAGAGAAAGACCACCAAUCUAUCAAUGAUGAAGUCAGUGGUGGUUCUAUAAAGUCCAGCUCGAUGAUGUCUGGCCAUGAGGGCAACUAUCAGCUAUCUAAAAUCGAUUUGCUACGGCGUAUUCAGGAUUCAGAUAAUAGUAAUCUUAAGAUUCUUCUGAACGAAGCCAUCGACGAGCUGAAAGCUAACACACGCAGGCUUGUCCGCCGCCAGGUGAGUUCCACCGCUGAUACUACAAGCAUUCUACACCAGUAUUUUUCCAAUACUCUCCUUCUUUCUUUUUGA